AUGGCCGCGUCUGGCUCUUCCCGCCGCCGCUCUCCAUGGCCGGAUCUCCCGGCAGAGCUGCUGGGCCUCGUGCUCCUGCGGCUGCCGUCGCACGCCGACCGCGUCCGCCUACCAGCCGUCUGCCGCGCGUGGCGCUCGGGCGCAAGGCUGCAGCACCCGCUGCCGCCGCUGCUCCCCUGGCUAGCCCUCCCCGACGGCACCUUCCUCAGCCUCCCCGACGGCGCCGUUCACCGCUUGCCCAUCCCGGACGAUGUCUACUACGGAGUCUCGACCGGAGGUGCGCUCUUCCUCAUGCACGACGACGGCAGGUUCUCCCUGACGAGCCCUUCCUCUGCGGCGACCGUCACUCUGCCAGAUCCACCGUUCUGGUUUCGGACAGAUAAUAAGAUCCGCAAGGUGGUGGUAUCGGAUCACCUCGUUGCCGUUCUGGACGAAUUAAAGGUCGCCGUCUAUACUCGCGGCGGCGGUGGCGGCGAGCUAGCAGCAUGGGCUAGCACAGCAUGCAUGGAGUGGGCGCGGCCUCUACACAAUUCCAUCGCUGACAUUGCACUCUUCGAAGGGAAGUUGUACGUCCUCACCCGAGAAGAGGAGCUCCAUGUCCUCGACGCCAACGAUCAGCACAUCACAAACGUCUGCUGCAUACGCAAAAUCCCGAGCCAUGAUUAUUACGUCCACGACCAUAUAUGGAACUUUGUUGAUUAUAUCAGUCGGGACUACCUCGUCGUGUCCGGCGAUCAGCUACUCAGGGUGAAACGAAUGAUACGUAUGCCGUCAAUAUAUAACCCAUGGACGGAUGACACGGGGAUAGAUCUGCAACGGACAUACCAGUUCGAUGUCUUCGAGGCCUCAGACCUGAGCUGCGGCCGUGGACGGUGGAGGGAUGUCAAUACGUUGAUGGGGCGUGCGCUCUUUGUCAGCGAAGGCUGCUCCCAGUCGGUCCCUGCCGCUACCGGCACUGGAAUUCGGCAAGAUUGUAUUUACUUUGUGACCAAAGGUGACAUUAUCACCAUAUGCAACCAGGACUGGCUUGUGAAGUGGGCUCGUGAGAAUCCCUUUCUCGACUCUGGUGUCUACAACAUGAGAGACCAGACAGUAGCACCGCUGCCGUUGGAGACAUCAGCGGCGUCCACGCUGGGGACGCGUGAUGGUAUGUGGCCUCCAGCUUGGCUUUUUCCAAAAACCUGA